AUGCGACCGGACGCGCGGCCCCAGGCUCACUCUCCAGAAGCCCUAGUCGACGUGGCUUCUUUUGGUCUAUCGCCUUUCCCGGAGGAUGAAUACUCUCUGGAAUUCACUCCCGUUGGAGGACCGAAACAAGGCGCGAUUCAAACGCCGUCUCGACGAGCAUUUGGUGAGAAGAUGGCAGCGUGCAACCCACUGAGCGGGUUUCUAUCGGUACCGGUGGUAAAGAGGCUUAUACGGUACACGGCCCCUCUGCCUUAUAAACAUGAAGAUGUCGGAUGUGAUACUACACCUAAACAUUCUGUCUUUCAGAAAAAUGCAGAACGAACGAUUGACGAGAAGUGUUGGACUCUAAGUCAACUAGUUCAAAAACACAACGAUCUGGAAGCACGAUUAGUAUCGACCACUUUCUUUCUGUGCCAACUGAACUGA